AUGAGACUUUCAAGGUACACAAGGAACCUGGUGGAUGAAGGGAACGGAAAGUUCAACCUCAUUUUACUCUGUUGGGGAGAGGGUCAGGGCAGCAGUAUCCAUGACCACACAGACUCCCACUGUUUCAUGAAGAUGCUGCAAGGUGAACUGAAGGAGACGUUGUUUGAAUGGCCCAAUAACAAAACACAGGAUGUUGGUGACAUGGUUCAGAAAUCUCAGAAAAUUCUGAAAGAAAACCAGUGUGCCUACAUCAAUGAUUCCGUUGGGUUGCACAGAGUAGAGAACGACAGUCACACCGAAGGUUCGGUCAGUUUGCACCUGUACAGUCCCCCCUUCGAUACCUGCCAGACUUUUGACGAGCGCACAGGACACAAAAACACUGUCAAGAUGACGUUCUGGAGCAAAUUUGGAGAGAGGACUCAAUCUGAAACAACAGAGGCGCAGAAGAAAACAAGUGCGCUUGGAAUGAUAGUGUUGUCAAAUAGAGUCAACAUGAAGCUGCAAAUAAGUCAAAUUCAUACCUAGAUAUAUAUAGGGGAUCUUAAUUUGAGCCAGUUUGCUACAGAAUGAAAAUGAUUCUGCAGCAACAGGACAUGUGACCUGUGUAACCACACUUUUGUGCUGUUAUGGCACAUGGUUGAAGUGUAUUAUGUAUGAGUGGAAAUAGAUUACAUCAAGGAAUGUCAUCAACAGUUUUACACUUUUAUUGAAGUGUUAUUGAUUUUUACAAAAAAUUGUCUUAACACUUGUCAAAAUAGUGAUGUAACAUUAAAUUAUUUGUGCAGUUAAAUUAGUGGCAAUUUACAUUCGGAAAACGGAAAGCUUUAUACAUGUAUUAUUUGAAAAUGUGAUUCCUGUCAUUGAUAUUUCCAGAGUGUUCUGCUUUUUGGGAUGAGAAGGGGUGUUAAUUGGCAUUAUCUAUUUCAGUGUCACUCUUGAAUGUGUUUCAUUGUUUUAACCUCAGUACAAGGAGACUUGUCAAGGAUUUUCUGGACUUGUGGGUCGCGGUUGGAUUAUAAUAAAAAGAAUGUUCAGUAGAACAAGGCACUCACUUUUUCUCAGGAUUUUGCAUGUUUAAAAAGAAAAAUGUAUAUGAAUUUAGAUAGUGCCAUGAUAGCAUUGUCAGUUAAAAUGAAUAUUGUGAAUGAUAAGCCUUGCUUUGACUGUUGACCAUUAAAUAUAAACA